CACCUCACGGAAUAGUUGAACAGGUACUAGGUUGUGAUCCGUGGCCUCAGAUGUAUGAAUGUCCAUGUCCAGAAAACGGUGAUGAUGGCACACGAAAUCCGUAGGAACCACAUAGCCUCUUUGAAGCAUUGUAAGCCUUGCAAGCCGGACCGCCGACUGACACGGUAAUAGUGCGAUGUAUGAAACGGUGUCGCAAUGAACAAUACGCAUAGUCCUACGGUUUUCGACUGUUUGCCGCCUUGUACAAUGCACGAACCCCAUCUGAGUCUGAGCUUAUAGUCCCUUGGCGUAAGGCAAGAUUUUUCGGCAUCGGGCACCCACUUUGUCCUUCCUAUAAGAUGUCGACCUAUCUCCCGGCAUCUACCCCGACCUCCACUUCCACCUUGUCUGGGAUUGUGCGCUGCGUGGAUGCCUUCGGCAUUUCCGCAGAGACAACAGAACCACUCUCUGGUGCCCUUUUCUCCGUUGAGGGGAGUACCUCUUCCAUGAAAGCAGCUAUCAUAGCCGCGGUUAUUGGCGCAGGGACCUCUGCUCUCCUUGUCGUACUAUUGGUACUCGUGGUGGUCUUGCUGCGACGAACGAAGGCAAAGAAGGUCGCACUCGGUAAGCAGAACGACAUAUCAUACGCGUAUCUCUCUGAUAAUUCGUUAGAUGUGGAGAAGGGCGCGACACAAGACGAUAAGGAUGACAGCGUCAUAGACAUAUCUGCGCACUCAUCUCCCGUCGAGCCCGAGGAAAGCGGCACCCGCUGGCUCCACGCUCUUCCAAGUCCACGCACCUCCGUUCGCCACUCCCAACCACCGCCCUACCGGUCGCGACAAGGCUCUGCGGCCACAACGAACGGACACACCACCGUCACACCGUCCCCUCUCACGCACACGGACGUGCCGCCCGCCGAACUCACGCGCCGUCCGUCCCAAAUGGGUAUUGACGUACGGUUCCACCGGCCCUUCAAUGUCCGCUCACAUGUACCUCCCUCAAAGGUCUCUCUGUCGCCUCUGGAGGUCGCGGUCACGCCGGAGCCAGCGGACCGUCUGCCAGACGACACCCCCGACCCGCGCUCGCCGCUCGACCCCUCGCUCCUCGACCCCUCGCUCGAAUUCACAGAGCUCUGGCUUGGGUACGAGCAGGAUAUCGCGGACCACAGCAGAGGGCACAGAAGCUAUUCGUCGACCGCAGUCACGUCGUAUUUUUCGCAUUGAGUGCGGCACCUGACGGAAGGGCCCGCUGGUUCGGCGUCCUCACGCUGCUUGCCCCGCCGCGCACUGGCUGUCCUGUCUCCAGACAGUGCGUCCAUCCACGCAUAUACCCUGGGCUGCUCGCGCCAUGCGCAAUGGACUGUUAUGCCGAAACGUCAAGCACGUGCAGCCUACGAUCAGUUCUAGAGGAACUUUGGCGGUAGGACACGAUUUACUAUGGUGCCAUGGCGGCUAGAUUAGUCAACGUGUAAGAAUGCGUCGAGCAACAGAGAUGUGUGCUACUUGAUUUCGGGAACUUGCCUGCG